UGUUGGUUCAGCUGCUGCCUGUGCAGUUUUGCAGUCAAACACUGAGCAUCAAGUGAAUUCAGCACAGUCUUCAGUUGGAAAAAAAUGAGGGAUCCGCAACCUGCAGAGAAAUCUGCUCUGCAGAAGGAUGGAUUUGAUCCUAAGACAAAAGGUUUUCACCUUCAUGAUGCACUUCAAGUUCCCAAACAACUCAUCAGCAAAAGCUUAUGCAGCAAUGCUCCUUCCGAAUCCAUGGGGCUGAAGGACUGGCUGUGUGCUCUGUGUUGUGUGAGAAUGGGGUGCAUCGAUUAUCCAAAAAACGAGAAGCAGCCUUUAGUCAACAACAACAACAAUAUCCAGACCUACUCCACAAGUAUAACCCAUGAUGAUGAGAGAAACCUGUGGAGCUCCCCCCAUGACCUGUCUCACACAGAGGCUGUGGACGAUCGGAUGCUGCACACCUGGAUUCAGACUAGACGCCAACUGGAGAAAGACUCUGAAGAAUGGCAGAAACUCAAUUAUGAAAUUUACACCCUGAGGCAAGCCAGACGAGAAGUAAGAACGAGAUGGAGGAAGAUACUGGAGGACUUGGGAUUUCAAAAAGAAGCAGAAACCCUUUUGUCUGUUACAAAGCAAAGCACCAUCAGUAGCCCAAAGAACAUGAAAAAGGCUAUGGAAAUGCUUUUAAGACUUGCAGAUGAGACAACCAUCUUCCCAGCUGGAUGGGACUUACCAGAGAGAUACCUCUAUAUUAUGGAUCGCCUGAUAUGUCUUGAUGCAGUGGAAGACUUCUUAACCAUCGCUUACAAGAAGUAUCCCAAAGCGCAUAUGGAAACAGGCUCAAUAAUAAACAAGUGAACUUCAUUGUAGGUUACCUCCCAGCCGAGUUUAAAACAAGAGACCUCUGUAUCACCAGACCUUGUUUUCUUUGUCUAAGCUGUGAGUUAUGAUACAUCUCAAUGUUACCUUCCUGGUCUGGUUCUCAGAAUGAAUGUCUCUCCGUACCAAAUGAUGUGAAGUGAAUGGCCAAAGGCCAAGAGAACCUCAGCACUGAAUUUCGUAUUUGUCUCCCAAGAUGAGUUUUCAAUUCCUUCACUGAAAAUGUUCAGUUUCUUCCUGCUCAUGAACUGUUUGACAGACUUUCCAACAACUUAUCAAAGCUUCCACAGACUUGAUGUUUCAAUCUUUAGAAUCAUGCAUUUUCAGGAAGUAUGUAGAUGUGGGAUUUUGAAGUGUUGGUUUACAUUUUUCCCAUUUUAUUAUAAUCUGAUAUUUAAAAAAAAAAAAAAGCAAACAAAAAAAAAAACCUGUAUGCUGCAUAGCCUCCCGAAAAGGCAAAUUCCUUGAUAUUUGUAUUUUAAAGCUGAAGCCUAGUGUCAAUUUAUGGUGCCAAACAUUCAAAGAUGUGCCAAAAUGUUGCAUUUCGAUGCAUGGAUUACAGUUCUGAAAUUAGAAAAUUUUUUAUGGAGGAAAAAAAAGAAAAAUUAUAAUUUGUUGUGGGGAGGUGAGACCAAUGUAGAACAGGAAAGUGUGUCCAUGAUGAUAGUAAAAUAAUUGCAAAACGAAUGGUAUGGUACGCCACUUUCGAAAAAUUAUUUGACUUGCUUAUUAAGGGAAUGUGACAAGCAGUAUUUAUGUUCAAAGUGCAGUAACCUAUACCAGCCAACCAAAUUUCAGCUUAUUGGAAUUAUCUCUGUGAUAAGGGACUUUGGCUGUUGGCUGUGAUUUGGAGCUUGUUAUUAUCUGUGUUAUAAUGUGAUAUUGAGAAAGUUUACCAGAUGUCCUUCUCAAGCCUCACUAAUGUAGGUCUUGCUUCAUGAAGAGGUGUGCACCCUUAGUGAAGGUGUCUUGGUGAGCUGAAUACUGUUCAAGUGUACUUUGGUUACCACCAAUGUGCUGUGAACAGGUGUUCUUUAAAGAAUAAUUCAACAAUGAACAAGUUGAAGGUUUAGCUAUGUUUUAAUUGAAUCACACAUUCCAGUUAGGCCUAAAUAGACAUCUACUCCAUAAAAGACUUCCCUGUGCCUCUCUCAGUAAACUUAGGUGAUGGAACUUUGAUAGUAGAAUGGCUAAAUCAGUCCUGUUGUUUUUAUUAUUUAUUUUAUACAGCAUGUAUAAAUCAAUUCUCAGUGUAUAUUUAUUAGUUCUUUUUAUGCUUAGCUUCCUAAAGGCAAGGGUGCAAUUAAAAAUUACUCUAUGGGCUUAUUCAGUGAGACUGUACAAAGGGCAGUGAUGAUGCACAUUACUCUCAUCCCAAACUACAAACUUUAUUUUGUGUGCAGUCCAUAACUCGGACAUGGCCAAGUCUUGAGAGAUGGAUGCCUCAUGUACUGUCUAAGUCUUCAUGUUCUGUUCAAGGGUAAAAGUCUGGCGGUAAGAAAGAGCAGCCACUACAAGCAAUGUACAGGUCUUUUCUUCCUCUUAUGUUACAAAUAUCUGAUAUACUGUAUUGCUUAAGUGAGAGACUGUAUAUAAUGUAUGUUAUUUGUUCUGCUGCAAUAUUAUUAAGAUCCCAGAGAUACAUUUUAUCUGACAUAAAACGCUCUAUAUCUUUGCUUACAGUUUACAGCUUGUCGAUGAGUCGGGCAGCUAUCAUAAUCAUGUUCCAGCUAUUCCUAUGUUUGUGUUUGGUUUUUCUUUCUCCUAUCGACUUAACAGUGCCAAAUCCCUAAUAAAAACAAUAUUAAAAAGAAA